CCGCAACAGUUUCACUUGUAUAAACCCGGAAUUAUUAUUGGAAUGCGAAAUUUAAAUCAACUAUACGUCGAUUGAGAAAUUUCAUUUAAAUUAUUCAAAACUAAUAUGAAAUCCCAAAUCGCGGAUAAAAAUCGAAAAAAUGAGCCUUGAAAAAGAUAUGAAGGCAAAAAAAUUGCGUUAAUGUUUCAGUUCGUGACUAUGUGUCGAUAUAUAAUUAAUUAUGUUAGUAUUUCCACUAGUGCGAACUGGUAGUCGUGCGUUGCCUGAGGUCGAAUGAUUUUGGCGAGAUAUUGUUAAUUUUCUUAUGAACGAUUUUUUUAGUGAGCUAGUUCUGUUUUAGUGUUUUUGUGUGUUCAAUAGGACGUGUGAAAAUGGCUCUAAAAAGAAACGGGCGAACAGCUCAGUAUUUGAUAUCGUUAGCAGUGUCCUUAGCUGCCAUUUCGGCAGGAGUGUCCGUUUACUGGAGUACGCCGAUGAUACCAAAGUUUCACAGCCACGAAGCCGCUAUAGAGAUUACACAAGAAGAAGCAUCGUGGGUGGCAUCACUUUCAACGCCAGGCUAUGUCGUGGGAAGUUUGGCUUCUAGUUUCGUCGUGGAUCGCUUCGGGAGACGCGCUUCCAUUAUUGCUAGUGCCGUACCUAUGGCUGUUGGAACGAUUAUAUUACAAAUCGCUACUAAAGCUUGGAUGCUUUACAUGACUAGGCUCAUUUGGGGAUUUUCAACGGGAAUGUUUAUGACGGUGUCCUUUAUAUACUUCGUAGAGAUAGCCGACAAAGAGAUAAGAGGGAAACUAUCUGUAGCUAUUCGAUUCAUGUUUAACUUCGGCAGUUUCCUCGUUGUAUCUGUGGGCUCUUUCGUCUCAUACACCACGUUGAACAGAAUGCUGAUAGUAUUGCCUAUAGGUCACUUUGUGGCCUGUUGGUUUAUACCGGAAACUCCGCAUUUCUACAUAAAGGAGGGUAAAGUUGAAGCCGCUGAGAAAUCGCUGCAGUUGCUGCACGGAUGUAAGGAUCAAAAUGAAUUACAGAGCCGUCUUGAGUCACUUCGAUCGGACGUGAAGAAGCAAACGCGUCGUCCGGGCACAUUUAAAGAAUUGUUUACUGGCAAACAAUACAGACGAGCUAUAGUCAUUGUCAUUGGUAUUAAAACGACACAGAUCAUGUCUGGGUCGCUUCCCAUCCAGCAAUACGCCGGUCUUAUUAUCCAAGAGAGUCACGCGGAUAUUCCUCUAUCUGCAGCUUUGAUUAGCUUCGGUGCUGUCAGAUUUGUCGCAGGUAUAAUUUCAUCGUAUCUAGUCGAUAAAGUAGGGCGUCGCCCUCUGCUGAUAGUUACAUAUAUCUGCACAGGCGUGACUCUAAUCAUCGUCGGAAUUUACUUUUACUUUCAAGAAGUGGUCGGCAUUGAUAUCGAAACUUCUAGUCCUUUGAGAUACAUUCCAUUUGUAGGUGUAUUCCUCAGUAUUAGUUUGUCCACAAUCGGCUAUGACUCUUUGGUGUACAUAAUUCCGGCUGAAAUAUUUCCGAUUAACGUCAAAUCUCUAGCUAUUACUUAUUUGAAUAUAUAUGGCGGUCUAAUGAAUUUCUUAGCUGUGAAAGGAUUUCAGAAUAUGAGGGACUGGACGGGUCUUUAUGGCGUGUUCUGGUAUUUUGCGGCAUUUGCUCUGUUAGGCGGGACGUUCUCGUUUUUUAUGGCGCCAGAAACAAAAGGUAAAAGCCUCAGGGAGAUAUUGAUUGAAUUGCAAGGAGACUUAUACGAGGAACCAGAGGAAAGAAAAUUAAACGGUACUAAGGGUGAUGUUCAAAAUAGGGGCGUCAAAGAAAGUUGUGAAUUAACAGAAUUAGCGUGUAAAAAUGAAGAGAACAAUAGGAAUAGUACUGGAGAUUCGUGAAUCAAAUGCAGAAACAUUCUAGAAAAUUAUGUACAUACACUACGGAGUUUUUGGCGGGAAUGCGAAGAGUUAAUAUGUCGUGUGAAUCGUUUUAUUUUGUCAACUUAGUUUUUUUUAGGUGUCAUAAUCCAUAAAGGUUUAUUAUCCGUUUAGUAUUUUGAGAAAGCGAACAAGAUUGUGGAAAUGUAACAAAAUCACAGAACAAGGUUUGACGGGUUUUUUCAAAAAGUCCAUGGCAGUAUUAGUAAAUUUCUGCCAUUUUAAUAAGUGCAUAUUGUAGACUAUUGAACAAAUAAGUUAAGCUAAAAUGUUAAGUAAUUAGCAGUUGGUUGGAUUGAAAUAAGUCAAAAAAGCGUUUCAUUUAGAAUGUUCUGUCUAUGGUUGUGUCUUAAGUGUAAUUAGAAUAUAAUACUACUUCAAGUGCUUUAAUUUUUUCAUAAAUAAUAGUAAUGUAGGAUUAGUUAUCAAAUGAAAAUAUAUUUAUAUAAUAUAAUCUGGGAAAGCGUUUAGUGAAUCUGAACACAUUUAUGUGAAAUAAUUAAAUUAAUCUAUUUUUAU